AUGGAUACAGAUAAAAGACACUUCGCCGCACUCAUUUUGGCAAGAGGAGGAAGCAAAGGGAUACCACUAAAAAAUAUCAAAAUCCUGGCUGGCCAGCCAUUACUUUCGUGGUCGCUUCGGGCUGCCAUUGACUCUAAAUGUUUUGAUAGUGUAUGGGUUUCCACCGACCAUGACGAGAUUGCUCGCGUCGCUACUGAAUGGGGAGGGCAGGUUCACCGCAGGUCUGCCGAUGUGUCGCGGGACUCGUCGUCAUCUCUGGAUACCAUUAAGGAGUUCGCGCUACACCACCCCGAGGUCGAUGUCAUAGGUUUGGUACAAUGCACUUCCCCUAUCACGCACCCAUGGAUGCUACAAGAACCGUCAGCAAUGAUGCGUGAACGUGGGUUCGAUUCCGUUUUCUCUGUGACCAGGAAGCAUCUUUUCAGAUGGAAACCGUCGCCGAAUACGGCAGGCGAGUUGGUAGGUGCUGAUAACUUAGACCCUAAUAACCGACCGAGGCGUCAGGACUGGGACGGAGAACUUUAUGAAAACGGACAAUUUUAUAUGUUCAGCCGCCAGCUGCUUGAUCAGGGUUUGUUACAAGGCGGAAAGGUUGGUUACUUCGAAGUCGGACCGGAAUACAGCGUUGAUAUUGACAGUGAAAUCGAUUGGCCAAUUGCCGAGCAACGUGUCACUAAGUAUGGCUAUUUCGGCGUGGAGAGUAAGAAAGAUAUUAAGAUGGUGGUUUUCGACGUCGAUGGCGUGAUCACCGACAACCAAGUUCACAUAAACGAGAAGGGAGAAGAAUUUCGUUCGUACAACCGCUGCGACUUGGAAGGAGUUAAGCAAUUGAAAGAAACCGGAAUCAUCGUACGCCUGCUAUCCCAAGACACCAGCAUGGCCGACAUGAAGCUCAUCAACGAGAAGAUGGGGUGCUUGCUGGAAAAUGGAGCCAAGAACAAGUGUAGUGUUCUCGGCAAGUGGGUGGAUGAGCUCGGGCUCGAGUGGUCGCAGGUCGCGUACAUGGGCAACGAUAUCAGCGACGUGCCGGCGAUGAGAAAAUGUGGACUCAGCGCAGCGCCCGCAGACGCCCGAACAGAAGCACGAUAUGCUGCCCGGUUCAAUGCGACAGAUCGUGGCGGCCGCGGAGCUGUCCGGCAGUUGUGUGACCACAUAAUGCAUCUGAUUUCCACCAAAUAA